AUGCUCAUAGGUUUUUUGAGAGAGCUGGCGCUGGCGUUGACACUGAUCGGCGGAGACAUCCUGCAGGCUGCGAAAGAAGGCAACGUCGGAGCUGUCCGACGCUUGCUGCAGAAGGACCCCCCGAGCCUGGAGCAAGUCGACAAAGAUGGCGACGGGCCGCUGACGUAUGCGGCUGUGCACGGCCACCUGGAGGUGGUCGAGGCGCUGCUGGCCGCGGGCGCCUCCGUCGAGGCGAAGAACCACAACGGCGAGGGGCCGCUGCACCUGGCGGCUGCAAACUGCCACCUGGAGGUGGUCGAGGCGCUGCUGGCCGCCGGCGCCUCCGUCGACGCGAAGAGCAACAGCGGCGAGCAGCCGCUGCACCUUGCGGCUUGGACAUGCAACCUGGAGGCGGUCCAGGCGCUGCUGGCCGCGGGCGCCUCCGUCGAGGCGAAGAGCGAUAAAGGUGCGACACCGCUGCACUGGGCGGCUGACAACGGCCAAGCCGCCGUCGUGGAGCAGCUCCUCGCCGCGGGCGCCGCCGUGGAUGCUGUGGACAACCAAGGUCGGACACCGCUGCACGACGCGGCGAAAUGGGGCCACACCGCUGUGGUGGAGCAGCUCCUCGUCGCGGGCGCCGCCGUGGAUGCUGCAAGCAGCGAUGGCCAGGGGCCCUGGAAACGGCCGGUGGGGAGUGGGGACGACAGGGGUCGGACAGCGCUGCACUGGGCGGCUGGCCGUGGCCGCGCCGCCGUCGUGGAGCAGCUCCUCGCAGCGGGCGCCGCCGUCGAUGCAGCGGACAACCUAGGUCGGACAGCGCUGCACUGGGCGGCUAUCGACGGCGACGCCGCCGUCGUGGAGCGGCUCCUUGCCGUGGGCGCCGCCGUGGAUGCUGUGGACAGCGAUGGCAAGACGCCGUACGACUGCGCCAAGCAAAACGACCACCGGCAGGUGAUGGGUGUGCUAGACCCGGUAUUUGUGGCCCUUCUAAGUGGCCGGAGCUGCAGAUGCAACUCUGCGCAUGAAACUGUACAAGACUUGAAGGAAGAAGCGGAGCGCAAGUUGGGAACGACCAUCGAGCAUCUCAUUGGCCCCGACAUGCAGCCGCUGAAUGGAGCGAUGACUCUGCAAGAAGCCAACAUUCUGCCUGGAAAUACCCUGACGGCCGUCCUAGACCCUGUGGUGCUGAAGGACUUUGGCCAUGGGAUUUCGAUGAAGACGGCGCAAUCCGUUUUCGAUGAGUACGGGCCCAGGAUGGAAGUGCUUGCAGACUGGAAGGAUCUGAAGGAUCCAUCCUCCUUGGAGGAAGUGCUCCAUCCCGGACACGCGGCACUGAGCCAACUGGUGCGUCUCAGUCCGGAAGAUGUCACGUUUCCAAAGCCAGUGGAGGUUGAGAUGCCAACAUGUGUUGGUGCGAAAUCUGUUUGGAGAUCAUCAGCCACAGGCUGGGAACGACUACUGGGUGCGAAAUUCAGCGAUGGCCGAGUGGUUGUUGCGCUGAGCCACUUUUGUGAUGUUGUGGCCACGGGGCCAUGUGGCCUGAAAGCUGUGGGAUUCAUCGAUCCACACGGUGCAAACGCGAAAGUCGCAUUGCUACACGUGGCGUGCGAGUCAUGUCAGAACAGCUUGGAGCAGCUGUGCUCCGAUGCUGACAUGUUGGGAUCCUUCAAGAAAUGCGGCCCCAGCGUACCGCUGGGAACAUACCGCCACGACGAAGACCUGGAGCUGCGUCAAGGGCAAGAAGCGAUGAACAUGAGAGUCAGGUUCCACCGAAUGCCGCAGAUUUCCCGGAAACUUGUGGCUCACUCUGCAAGCCACUUCAGUGUCGAAAUUGAAGGGGAUGACCAUCAGUUCGAAGAACUUCGGUCAGAGGCAGCCACGAGUGCAACAGCUUCAAACCCAACAGCAUCGGAUCCCCCGUCGGCUCCAGCGACCUCACAGGCGAUGCCCGCAGCCGCGAUGACCUCAGACGUGUCGAUGGCACAGGAGCGGCCAGAGAGAGGUCACCUGUUACUGAGCGGCCGCUUCAACAGUGAUACGGUCAUCAACUACAUGAAAGCGGUGAAGAGGCGCUUGGAAGAGAGACGAAUACCUGUAUAUAUGGUGCAAGCUCAGGUCGGCCAAAGUUUUGCCGAGCUGACGCGGAUAGGAUUGGGCCGUGCCAAAGGCAUGGUGGCCUUCUGCACUUCGGAGUACGGGAAUUCCACCUUCAUGGCAAAGGAUGGCCAAGAUACCUCGGCAGGGCGUCCCAGAUGUGAGACCUCCAACUUCGGAAUCUACGCUGUUCUGACGUUGGCAGACCAUGCUGGCGUUGAAGCAAUUUUCCAGCACUUGGAUCCCACCGGAAGUGGAACGCUCGGGAAGGAGGAGCUGCUGUCCAUCCUCUCUGGCCUUGGCGUUUCUGAUCAAGAGCUGCCUGGCUCACCUUGUCAUGUCGGCAUGUCCGCAGAUGAUCAUAACCCCGUUCAGCUGUGGGCUGAUUUUCUGUCGCACUCAGACAUGACUUGUGCGAUGUUUUUGCGGAACACAUUGAAAGAUGGCAAGGAAGUCGAAGGUCAGUGGGCUGUGUUAAGGCAAGAUGUUCAGACAGAGCUCAACAUCUCAGAGCCCAAUGGCCCUGGUUCCAAGGUGGAAGCGGAGGACUGGCGAUCUGGGGGAAGUUGUUUCCAUUGGGAUCCACAGGGGACAAAGUUUCACAGAGUUGAGAAGUAUUCACAAGGACGUGUUGGCGCGGUAGGCGGACACAUCCUGCAGGCUGCAGAAGAAGGCAACGUCGGAGCUGUCCGACGCUUGCUGCAGGUGGACCCCCAGAGCCUGGAGCAAGUCGACGAAGAUGGCGGAAACCUGAGAAGGGAUAUAGGCUUGAAGGUUGAGCAGGUUGUUAUAGGCGGCGGGCCCCUGGCGAUUGCGGCUCGGAAAGGCCACCUGGAGGUAGUCCAGGUGCUGCUGGCCGCCGGCGCCUCCGUCGAGGCGAUGAACAAAUUCUGCUUCCGGCCGCUGCACCUGGCGGCUGCCAAAAACCACCCGGAGGUAGUCGAGGUGCUGCUCGCCGCCGGGGCAUGGGUCGAGGCGAAGAACGACAACGGUGCGACACCGCUGCACUGGGCGGCUGAACGUGGCCACGCUGCUGUCGUGGAGCAGCUCCUCGCCGCGGGCGCCGCCGUGGAUGCUGCAAGCAGCGAUGGCCGGGGUCGGACACCGCUGCACGACGCGGCGAAAUGGGGCCACACCGCUGUGAUGGAGCAGCUCCUCGCCGCGGGUGCCGCCGUGGAUGCUGCAAGCAGUGAUGGCCAGGGGCCCUGGAAACGGCCGGUGCCAUCAGUUCGUAGUCUUGGUGAUCUUCACAAACACCAGCAACAGAUAGUGGCUACCAUUGAGCCAGCUCGCUAUACAAUUUUGGAAAAGAUGAAACUCAGGGACUUCACUCCGCAGAUUCGUCGGACACCGCUGCACUCGGCGGCUCUCAACGGCCACACCGCUGUGAUGGAGCAGCUCCUCGCCGCGGGCGCCGCCGUGGAUGCUGCAAGCAGUGAUGGUGCGACACCGCUGCACUACGCGGCUUUGAACAACCACACCGCCGUCGUGGAGCGGCUCCUCGCCGCGGGCGCCGCCGUGGAUGCUGCGGACAACAACGGCGUCACGCCGUACGACACAGCCAAGCACUUCGGCCGCCGGAAGGUGAUGGGCGUCCUGGACCCGGUAUUUGUGGCCCUUCUCAGUGGCCGGAGCUGCAAAUGUAGUUCUUAUCACGAGACGGUGCAAGAAUUGAAGGAAGAAGCAGAGAAGAAACUCGGAAUCACCAUCCAGCGUCUCAUUGGGGUGAACAUGGAACCAUUGAACGAAGCAAAGACUCUGGAAGAAGCCGGUGUUUUGCCUGGACAUACGUUGACCGCAGUCAUCGCGCCAGCAGCGGGGCAGGGUGAUGUCUCAGAGGCGGGUCGUAUCGAUGUGGGACACAACAUUCUGCAGGGAGGCGAUCUGCAAAAUCCCAACGACUUCAUUGAGUUCCUCAUCUCCGCGAACAUUCGGCUGGUCCGCGCCGAGUUUUUGAUCGAGCUGGAUGAAACUGGGACCCCCAUGCCUCGCCGACAAGAGGCAGAGUUCAUGCACGUGCAGAGUGGGGCAACUGCACUGGUGGAGCUUAGUGAGUACAAAGAGUUGCACGUGAAUCAAACAUCAGGCUGGCUCAGACACGUCACAAUCCGCACGGCUGAGGGCCCCUCCAUAGUGCGAUUCCGGUCAAUCUCCCACAUGUGGGAGGCAAUGGAGCAUCCGGAUCCCUGGGGAUUCCAGGUCCGCAGCAUUGUGGAGAGGUACCGAGAAUUACCCAAGGAUUCGGUGACGUGGGUCUUCGUGGACUUCAUGUCGCUGUAUCAGUACAAGAGAUCUGCUGAAGAAGAUGAGUUCUUCAGGAAGGGGCUGAAGCGAAUGCACUGGCUUUACAGUCAUGAGAUUGUGCAGGUAGACAUCCUCACUGAACUCACACCUGAGGACAAGAAGUUCGAGGGCGAGAUUUUGGUGUACAACGCGACGGAAGACCAGGUGAAACUGACACCAAUCUGCGAGCUGAGGCUGAACAACCCCCCCUAUGAGCUUCGAGGUUGGUGCCAGAGUGAAUCUGAGUGGUCCCGCCUGCGUAUGGAUGUGCUUGGAGGUUGUAUUCCCACUCCUCCAGAAAUAUUCAGGAAGAGGAUGCAACGGAUGCGGUUCACGCAUCGAAAUGAUGCCGAGCAGGUGCUUGCUUUGCAAGAGAAGGUGUUCAGAGACAAAGUCUCCAAGACAACACACUUGCAGCUCCAACAACUCUCUGGGGAUGACUUGGAAUGUCUACAUGACGCCUUGCCGCACUACAACAGGUUGGAGUACAUGGUGGUGAACGGCAAUGCCCUGAAGGGGCAAGAUGCCGUGGCGAUGGUGACCUCAGGCGCAGCGGACAUCCAAAUGGAGUCGUGUUCUCUACAAGAUGAAGAUGCAGAUGCAAUAUCAGAGGCACUGAUGAGCUCAGCUGCUGAUCGAUUGGAACAUCUGAGUCUGACUGGAAACCGCUUCAGUGACAUCGGGACAGCUGCCCUUCGCAAAGUGAUGGAGCAGCGACCCCAGCUGAAGAUCCGAUUGUGUCACACCCAAAAACCAGCCAACGUCGCCAUGCGGGACCCAUCCCUUCAUGAUGUGGUGACCGCAGCCGCAGCACCCUGGACGGUGCCGAAGAAGGACGAUGAAUUACAUGAGAAUGGUGAAAAGGCGUCUGGAAGAGAGAAGAGUUCCAGUGUUUGUGGCCCAAACCCAGGUUGGCCAAAGUUUUGCCGAGCUGACGCGGAUAGGAUUGGCCCGUGCCAAAGGCAUGGUGGCUUUCUGCGCGACGGCGCCUAUACUGGUGCUGGUGAGGAAACCUUCCAUGAAUUGGAAUAUGCACACGACAACAAGUUGCAUAUCUUUCCCACUAGGCUCUGCGAAGAGUGGGCACCUGCGCCGCAAAACAAUCCAAGAGGCACUUUUCAAAAUGAAUUUGUGUUCAAGAACGGUCUAGUGUAUGUAGAUGAUCGGCAGAUGAACAAUGCUGAAGGCGCUGCCGAUCAGAUUGCGGAUUCUGUUACCAGCAGUGGCAUCUUUGCCAAUUAGGCAGCGGCAGAGUC